UGCAACAACGACCAUUAUUGUAUUUUUGCAUCACGAUAUAGUCUAAUAGAGCAUCAUUUUCAAUUCUCUUUAAAAUAUCUGCACCUAAGCUUCCAGUAUUCCACUGUGGUAGACUUUGUACAUUACUGUAGAAAUCCUCUUGUUUUUCUUUCUUUGUCUUAUUUCUUCUUCAUUAGGAAGCCAUGAAAGACAACAAAAAAUUACCUUUGAAGUUUUAUUUCCUCUAUAUUUGUUCCACUCUUUUACCUUCUUUUUCAUAUGGAGUAGAUAGAAUUACACAAAACAACUCAAUCUCAGGUGAUCAAACAAUAAUUUCACAACCCGAUGGAAAUUUUGAGUUGGGUAUUUUCAGCCCAUCAGGUGAAUCCCCCAACUUUUACAUAGGCAUUUGGUACAAAAAAGUGUCAUUACAAACCGUUGUUUGGGUAGCAAAUAGAGAAACCCCAAUCUUAAAUAAACAUUCCUUUGAGCUUAAAAUCUUGAAUGGUAAUUUGAUUCUUACAAAUGGGUCCAAUUCUCCAUCGAUUUGGUCCACAAAACUGAAUCCAAUUUCCUCUAAAUCUGUUCAAGCAGUUUUGUUAGAUUCAGGAAAUCUUGUUCUUAUGGAUGGAACUGAUAAACCCCCAAUUUGGCAGAGUUUUGAUCAUCCUACCAAUACAUGGCUUUCUGGGGGUAAGCUAAGUUUUGAUAAAAAGAGUAAUAAACCUCAAAAGCUUACUUCAUGGAAGAAUCUAGAUGAUCCUGCCCCUGGUCUUUUCUCUAUUGAGCUUAAAGCCAAGACUAAAGAAUAUGUCAUUAUGUGGAAUAACACCCAACAGUAUUGGACUAGUGGGCCAUGGAAUUCAGAAGAUCAAAUUUUUAGUCUUGUACCUGAAAUGAGGUUGAAUUAUAUAUACAAUUUUAGUUAUGUUGAUGAUGAAAAUGAAAGUUAUUUUACUUAUAGUGUUAGAGAUCGGUCGCUUAUUUCGAGGUUUGUAAUGGAUACUUCUGGUCAGGUUAGGCAGUUAACAUGGCUGGAAAAUAGCAAAGAGUGGAAUUUGUUUUGGACUAAUCCUAAGCAGCAAUGUCAAGUUUAUGCUUAUUGUGGUGCUUAUGGGAGUUGCAAUCAAAACAUGCCAUAUUGUGAUUGCUUAAAAGGGUUUAAGCCUAUGAGUCAAGAUGAUUGGGGAUUGAAUGAUUACUCGAGUGGAUGCGUAAGGAAAACCCGUUUGCAGUGUGAAAAAUCAGGUUCUGGGGAAAAGGAAGACGGGUUUUAUGAGUAUCCCAACUCGGUUUUACCUCAAAAUGAGCAUACUUUGAGUGGUAUAAGCAUUGAGGAAUGUGAAUCGGCUUGCUUGAAGAAUUGUUCUUGCAAUGCUUAUGCAUAUGAUAGUAGUAAUGGGUGUUCUGUUUGGUUUGAAGAUCUGUUGAACUUUCAGCAGGUUUCGGAUGGCGAUAGCAGUGGUAAAACGCUUUAUCUUAGGCUCGCAGCCUCAGAGUUCCCAAACAAGAGCGAUAAGAAAUUGGUUAUUGGAGUUGUAGGGUCGGUUAUUGCGAUUUCGGUCCUUUUAGGCUUGGGAUUUUGGGUAUUUCGGAAGAUCAAAAGACGAGCUACUAGUUCAACGAAAACAGUUGAAGGUUCACUGAUUUCGUUUAGUUACAAAGACUUGCAAACCGCCACAAAGAAUUUUUCUAAUAAAUUGGGUGAAGGUGGAUUCGGGUCUGUUUUCAAGGGGACUUUGCCGGAUUCAUCAGUAAUUGCUGUGAAGAAGCUAGAAAGUUUCAGCCAAGGAGAGAAGCAAUUCCGAUCAGAAGUAAGCACGAUUGGGACUAUUCAGCACGUUAAUCUUGUUCAUCUUCGUGGGUUCUGUUCUGAAGGGACGAAAAAGCUAUUGGUCUAUGAUUACAUGCCAAACGGCUCUUUGGACACCCAUCUCUUCCAUGACGACAUAUCGAAACACUUGGACUGGAAUAAGAGAUACCAAAUUGCACUCGGCACAGCACGAGGCUUGUGUUAUCUACACGAAAAAUGUAGAGAUUGCAUCAUUCAUUGUGAUAUUAAGCCUGAAAACAUACUUUUGGAUGCAGAUUUCUGCCCAAAAGUUGCUGAUUUCGGGUUAGCAAAGCUUGUUGGCCGCGAUUUUAGCAGGGUCCUGACCACAAUGAGAGGAACCAGAGGGUACCUUGCCCCUGAGUGGAUUUCAGGAGUGCCAAUAACUGUGAAAGCCGAUGUUUUCAGCUUCGGUAUGAUGCUUUUUGAGCUGAUAUCGGGCCACAGAAACACAGAACAGUCCCCGGAUGGCAAACUGAAAUUCUUCCCAACUUGGGCUGCUAGCAAAGUCGCUAAAGCUACCGAGAUUUUGAGUGUGUUGGACCCGAGAUUGGAAGGAAAUGGUGAUGAACAAGAAGUUAUGAAGCUGUGUAAGAUUGCAUGUUGGUGCAUUCAAGACAAUGAAACUCAAAGGCCGUCAAUGGGGCAAGUGGUUCAAAUACUCGAAGGCGUUUUAGAUUUAAAUAUGCCGCCCAUGCCGAGGUCCCUCCAGGUUUUCGUUGAUGGCCAGGAAAGUAUUCAGUUUUACACCGAGUCAUCCUCAUCUCAGAGCUCUCAAACACACAUUUAUUCGAAUUCGUCGUUCACAACCAAGACUAGCUCGUCCGAUUUGAGCAACAAGUCUCUUGGCUAAUGGAAAUAGGCUAGUACUUUUUUCCGUUGGGCAUGGCAUCUAUUGUCUCUUCUCGGUUGCACUCGAGGAAAAGGAAAAGUUGCGUCUUGUGAUCUGCGUUAGUGGGGCCGUACUUCUAAGCCCUCUCUGUGUAUGAUACUAAUUUCUAACUAGAUGAAUGGAGUAUAUAUAUUUAUAUCACCUUGUAUAUCUUCAUGCUAAAAGCCUAAAUUGUUGUGAUUACCAAAUAAAUAUUUAAAUGCCAUUUUUAUGGCAAUUUGGUACUAUUAUUAGAAAUAUUAUAUUUAAU